CACUAUUCCCUUUUCCUUUCUAUUUUCGUUUGAAUGAAACAAACUUCUUCUCUGUUACAAUUUACCUGCAUUCUGUCAUUUACAAUUCUUCUUUAGAUCUUCUAUCACUUUCCUCUACUUUUGAGUUUUCUGAUCUCCUCUCAUGAGUUCCCACGACAGCUCUUACGACGAUGGAAUCAAUCCUUUUGCGGAUUACAUUUGAGAAAUGCCAAACAAUUGAUAGGCAGUGAGUCCAGACACCUUGUUGCUUUUCAUUAUGGACAUCUGUUGGUUGCUCUAGUUGCGUGUGGAUUUUUGAAACUUAUGCAAAUGCUGGUUGUGUGAUGGUAUUGAUAGUUACAAUUUUUGGCUUGUUGAUGGCAAUGGGAUUCUGUUUAUUGGGGCUCUCAAUGGUGGUAAUGGUAGGAUGAGGAAGUAAAUUGUCGUGCGGAAACGUGGUAUUUGAGGCAGUGUAAGUGUUGGUUGUCAAGGAUUUUGUAUUGACGAGUUGGCAGUGGUGGUGGUGCUAGUGUUAACAACAAGCUAUUGAUAAUGACUGCAGUAACCAAACUAUCUGGGGAUGGAUUGAACGGAGUCACCCCUGCAGACUCAACGCUUACACCCCUGCCUCCUGAACCCUAUGAUCGUGGUGCAACAGUUGAUAUUCCUCUUGACACUGGAAAGGAUCUAGAAGCAAAGGAGAAGGAACUUCAAGCUAAAGAGGCAGAACUGAAUAAGAGGGAACAGGAACUAAAACGGCGAGAAGAAGCAAUAGCACGUGCCGGAGUUGUAAUAGAAGAGAAAAAUUGGCCACCAUUUUUUCCUCUUAUCCAUCAUGAUAUUGGGAAUGAAAUACCAAUCCAUCUACAAAAGACACUGUAUGUUGCAUUCACGACAUUUUUGGGUUUGGCUGGAUGUCUCCUGUGGAAUUUUAUUGCUAUUACAAUAGCCUGGAUUAAAGGGGGAGAUCCAAUAAUUUGGUUUCUUGCUGUCAUCUACUGCCUAACGGGAAUUCCUGGAUCAUACUUGCUGUGGUAUCGCCCUCUUUAUCGUGCUAUGAGGACCGAUAGUGCUCUGAAGUUCGGGUGGUUUUUCAUCUUCUACAGUGUGCACGUUGCAUUUUGUGUCUUUGCUUCAGUAGCUCCUCCAAUUAUUUUCAGGGGAAAUUCUCUUACAGGUAUUUUGCCUGCAAUAGAGGUUUUGGCAGAAAAGGGGUUUGUUGGGGUUUUCUACUUUAUUGGCUUUGCAUUCUUCGCCAUUGAAUCACUGAUCAGUAUCUGGGUUAUUCAGCAAGUCUACAUGUACUUCCGAGGCACCGGCAAAGCUGCAGAGAUCAAGCGUGAGGCUACAGCAAGGACAAUGAUGUCAGCUCUAUGAGAAACACUGCCUCUCUCGUCUAACAGAACUAAACUUGACUGGUUAAAAAUAUUUUAUUACUUAAGAAUCAAUUUAUAUACAACUUUUUCUUAUGUUUACUGUGCGGAGACUCAAGGUCAAGGAUCUCCAGCCCUUACUUCUCCACUGGCUUUAUUUAGAAUCUAAUGUUUGAAUAAUUGGAUAGGCUACUAGAUUAUUUUUGGUAUUAUAUAAUAUUUACAAGUGUUCAGAUAAAAUAUAAUAUUUCUGUUUUUCA